AUGUUACAGCAGGCGCCCCGUGCGUGGUACAAUCAUCUGACCAAAGCCCUACAAGCUCUUGGCUUCAAUGGAUCAGUCACCGAUCCUUCUCUCUUUGUUUAUUCGUCUAAUGGUACUAUUCUUUAUAUGUUGGUGUACGUUGACGACAUAGUUCUCACUGGUAACAACUCCAAAGCCAUUGAUCGUGUCAUCAAAAGUCUUGGUCAGACAUUUUGUAAUCAAUAUUGCGUGAAUAAGAUACAAUCUUUACCAAAUUUAUCUUUAAAAGAAUUAGAUCUUUUUUCAAAUUUGUUAAAUGGGACCAUUCCGGUUUCAAUCGGGCAACUUGCCAAAAUCGGUUCUCUUCAUGUCUCAAACAAUUCCUUAGAAGGAGUAGUUUUUGAAGCCCAUUUCGGUAACCUUUUGAUGUUGAGGAGCUUGGAUGCUUCUUCUAACACUAAAUUAACAUUCAACUUUUCACAUGAGUGGAUACCUCCAUUCCAAUUGGAAGAUCUUGAUCUCAGUUCUUGCAACAUCUCAAAUAGAUUUCCACAGUGGCUUCGAAACCAAAGGAAACUUGGGGCGUUGGUGUUGUCAAAUGCUACAAUUUCGGGUCCUUUGCCCUCAUGGUUGCGGAAGAUGCUUGCCAUUCAUUUCUUAGAUCUCUCUCACAACAAACUCAGUGGAUCUUUGGCAAACCUUCCUAACCGGGGAACUGUUUGUGUGAUUGGCACUGGAGGGACACUAUUACUGGCAAAUAACAUUUUCAAUGAGUCGCUUCCAAGGUCAUUGUGCAAAAGGACGGAUUUGAAUUUUCUUGAUCUUUCCAGAAAUAGGUUAACAGGGAAAUUUCCUAAGUGUCUUCAGAAUCUGCAACUGUUGAAUACCAUGAUGUUUAGCUCGAAUUUGCUUUCAGUCUUAGAUGUGGGUGAUAAUGAAUUGUUUGGAAGUAUACCCCAUUGGAUUGGAGAGAAACUAACAGAUUUGAAUGUUUUAAGGUUACACAGGAACAAUUUCUCUGGAGAAAUUCCUAAAUCUUUGUGCAAAAUGUUGGAACUUCAAAUUUUGGAUGUUGCGUACAACAACUUAAGGGGAAUCAUCCCCCAUUGCCUAAGAGAGUUGAAUAGGAUGGUUAAAGGUCCAAGACAUUCGAUUUAUAAUGGCUUUCCUGAUUCGAAUGAGAAUGUGAUUCAGAUCAUGAAAGGAGAAAUACCUAUAGAGAUAACCGCACUUUCUAUGUUGGUGGGUCUGAAUUUGUCAAAUAAUCAUCUCAGUGGGAAUAUUCCAGAAAAGAUUAGAAACAUGAUGAAGUUAGAAUCUCUUGAUUUAUCUGGAAACGAGUCGACCGGGAUGAUCCCCUCAAGCAUGGCAACUUUGACUUUUUUGAGUCAUUUGAAUUUGUCACGCAACAGCUUGUUGGGACGAAUUCCAACAGGUCGUCAGUUGCAGACCCUUACCAAUCCUUCAAUACAUGCUGGGAACAAAGCUGAGGAGUCGAUCAAGGUACGGUGGUUUUACCUGGACAUCAUGAGUGGGUUUGCAACAGGGUUUUCGGGUAUUAUUGGAGUUGCUGAGGAAACUGUGGACAGGAUAUACGUUUCUGUCAUGGUGAGAGUUGCCAAGAUGAAUAGAGGAAGAGAAGCUACAAGAUCCUCCGAUAUGCAAGUAGUUCUCAAAUAUAUGUUUAUCAAUGAAUACUUUGAUCUAUGUUCGUAA